GCUAGCUAGUUAAUGCGAAUGCUAGUUUAUGCUUACUUAACGUCAGCUAACAGUUGGCUGUCAGCGUUACUUUAAUUGGUAAAGACCUGCGUCAGUAACUAGUUUUUCUUGUUUUAAAUGCUUUCAACAAACGAACUAAAGUUAAUGUUGUUUGUACUUAAACUAACAUCGAACUUAAGUUCACUAACGUAACAGUCUACACAAUGUGCUAACAUUAGCCUAACCUUCUCAACACCUGACUAGAGACGUUAACGUUACAUCCCACUUGAACUCAAUUCUCUUUAUAACACAUGACGACAGUCUGCCUGAUGUUUUACUGAAGCCGUUAAAUACCGGUUGCAUAAAAGCUCGCCAGCAAAGACGUGCAGAACUUUGACAAGCUUCACAGGGCGAGUGAACAAAGCCGUUGUUAGUCAAGUUAGCUGGCUAAGGAAAAAAAAACGAAAUGCAGUCUGUGGUAAAACAAAACCUCCAUUCGGAGACCGAAGGAGACAUCAACAAACUCAUCAACCUGAAGCUGAAUGCAUCCUACGCCUACCUUUCUCUGGGGAUGUAUUUUGACAGGGAUGAUGUUGCCCUGCCAAAAUUCUCCACUUUUUUCCUGGAGCGCUCGGUGAAAGAGAGGGAACAGGCUGAGAAGCUGCUGGAAUAUCAGAACAUGAGAGGGGGUCGAAUUUUGCUCCAGACUAUUGCUAAACCAAGUAGAGAGGAUUGGAGAGGUGGUCUGGAUGCAAUGUCCUUUUCCCUGGACUACCAGAAGUCCCUAAACACAUGUAUCCUUGAGGUGCACCGCAGAGCUGGCGUCCACACUGACCCUCAUCUGUGUGACUUCCUUGAGCAGCACUUCCUGAACGACAGCCAUGACACCAUCAAGAAGCUGGGCGAUUACAUUGGCAGUCUGACCCGCAUCACUGCGUCUGAGACACACGGUCCUAUGGGAGAAUACCUCUUUGAUAAACAUACUCUUUAAACAAGUAAAGUGAAAUAAGCUCCACAUUUCAAAAGAUGUAUAGAGUCAACAGGGAAAAACGUCCUUCCCACUGUGCAUUCUUCUCAGUUAAGAAAACUAUACAAUAUUUUCACAGUUUACCACAAACUUCAUUCUUGUACCAAUGACGAAAGAGAAGUUCAAAGCAAAAUAACAGAAAAACCUCUUUUUCAUGGAACCACACUGAAAAAAUAAUGUUCUCAUUAAUAUGGUGCUAAAAACUAAGAUUUUCUUAAGCUGUUAAUGAGUCGCUUGUUAUUUAGACUCUGUUGUAUCAUGAUUCAUGCAUUCCAGUGUCAGAGGUUUUUACCCACAUCUUUUGUAGAUUAUAGAUUUGGCGUAUCAUUGAAUAAAGCCAGACUAUGCUGACAUAUCA